AGCUGUAGUGAAAUAAGGUCACUUCCAACAGCCUUGCUGUUGGGCUAGCUCUUGAGUGUCUGACUACCACUCUGGAGGUCGUGGGUUCAAUCCCCGGCCUGAGCCCAGUAUUUUCACAUUAAUGGCGACGAGGCAAAAAAGAACUGUGAAUGCGGGAAUGGGUCUGAGCUGUUCAAUGGUGUCUGGGAGGGCCAUGCGGAUGCAAGACAUGCUGUAGCGGGCGUGUCUGGGCCUUGAAACAUUAAAAAGGGGGAGGAGUGUAGUGAAAUAAGGUCACUUCCAACAGCCUUGUUGUUGGGAUAGAUCUUUAGCGACGUGGUUAAAGUGUCUGACUACCACUCUGGAGGUCGUGGGUUCAAUCUCCGGCCUUAGCCAUGGAAAUAGCAACUCCAGUAAAGUCAGUGAGGGCCUGUCUAACCUGUAAUCGUUCAUCUCAAGGACAUUUAAAAAACUUAAGAAAUGUUGCUAUGCGAUCCAUACUACUGAAAAAACAGUUUGAAUGUCUGGGCUGCAAUAUUGAAGACCUUGUGAAAGUAGGACAUGAAAAUCUGUUGGUUUGUGACACAUGUUUGAAAAUAUUGGACAAACUAUCAGAAAUGAAGUUGAAUUUACAAAUGAACAUGAAAGAACUAAAGAAGAGUGAGGAUAGAACACAGAGAUUAAUUAUUCAUUCUGUUUCUCCUGUAGUUAAGAAGUUCAAGGACACAACUGUACCAGUAAAAUCUAGAAAAAGUUCAAGGGCACUUUUUAAGAUGCCAUCUCCAUCUCCAUCAAGAUGUAUUGAUUCAGUUAUGAGUCCAAAAUCAGACAGCAUUGAUCAUUCAUACUCUGGGAUACCAAGCAAAACAAAAACACAAAGCCUUGACCAUUUGUAUUCAACAACCGUAAAUCAAAAUGUAGAUCUUAAUAAUCCAUACAGUUUUCAUAAGAAGAAAAUACUGAUGCCCCCUGAAAUUAAUGCACUUGAAAUGUCCGAAGGUGUUGCAGUUUCUGAUAACCCUGUCUUGCCCAAUGGAUCUUGCAGUUCCAGAGAAAAAACAUGGCAUAGCAGCUAUGUAUGCACUUGGCAUGUACUUACGGAACAACCACAUGAUUGCCUUUCAAAAAGCUGUUGCUGCAUCAUGUAUAAGAUAUAAUGCAGGGAAUGGACUCAUGGAGUUUUAACACACUCUGGGAAUGUCAAUACCUACAAAAAGCAAGCUGCCAAUGUUGGAUGACCUUGGACAAAUAAAUGGUCAUUAUGUAGUUUCUGCUUUGGCUAAUGGGAAAACCAUCAAAAUCACAGUUGACAACAUUGAUGGGCACAUAAAAGCUUAUCAGGUCAGGCUUGGUAGUGGAAACAGAGAUUUUCACUACACUCAUUGGUCGAUCCUUAUCGACAGAUUUGACCCAAGAGAUCUUCAGGGACUGAGCACACAACCGAAACAGAUAACUGCCCAAGGACCUGACCCUACCAUCUUCUUCUUGUCUUCAAACGAACAUGAAGCAUUAAGGAAAAGAUGUACUCAGCUUGUCAUGCGGAUACUGGUAGAAGAAAUACAGCCAUUGUCCAUGUUUUCUACGGCAACACCUCGUCUUGUGGACCAUAAAUACAGACAAGUGGUUGAUAGACCAUCACAAGUUCAUCCAAUGUUUAGCUCUUGUGAUAGAGUUAGCUUGUGAAAGAUGGGGGGCUGAUUGCAAGACAGACAUGGGGUCUCUGGUUCCGGAAGAAGUGAAGACUUCUAAUACCAAAGGGAAGAAGCAGUGGUUACAGGAGCAAGUGACCAAAGUGGUGGAUACACUGUUCUGCCCAUACUCUGCUCCAAAAGAUGCUAAAAUAUACCUUUGGCGCAGUGGCCAUUUGUACUGUGUUACGGUGCCUUCAAAAGAUGUCGGGAAAACCAUUGAUCUUAUCAUAAAUGGUGAAGCUGUCCGCAUAAGAGUGCCUGAAGAUUGUAAAACUGACGAAGCAGAAGAUGGUGUGUUUUCAUACAGCCUUGGGAUUGUCAGAGUUGCAAUGGAUUUUAUCAUGUUCAAUGAUGCAAUAAAAUCAGGUGAUAUAGACAUGAUUACAAUUCUUAUGAAACGAUUCAUUCCACUGUUUAUAGGAUUGUCAUCCUACAAAUCAAAGUAUGCUAUUGAGUGUGUCAACUUCCUUACUAAAACUGAAUGCCUGUUGUUAGACUUUGAAAGUGCUAGAGUGAAACUGGGAUUGUUGGUCAACAGAAAAGGCCGACCGGGAAAAAACAAACCAGCAGACAUGGAACAGGAGAAUAAUAUUCGUCUUGUCAAACAUGUAAUUAGAGGACUUAGAGCCGGAAAAAGUGAUAAAGCUAUGCUAAGAAUAUCGAAAGCAGCACCUGUAAUCAGUGCAAUGGUAAAUGGACUAGAAGGAAGCAAGACACAUAAAGAUAGACACUCCAGAAAGUCAAUAUCAGAAGAUAUUUCAAGAUUAGGGGAUGCAAUUCGAAAAAUAAGGCCUUUCAACUAUCAGAAGGGUAGACAAAUGAAUCCUUUCAAGAAAAUUUCAUCAAAUGUGAUUGGUGCUGUGAACAAAGACAAAUUAAAGGACUUUAUAAUCAGGCACAGCUCCAGAGCAGUUAAUAAGCUUGCUUUUGAUGACAAUGAAGACUAAUAAGGGAUGCUGUUAAUGCCAAUAAGGACUCGUUAAAUUGAUUUUAGUAGUCAGAUCUUCCACACUUAUUUUUGCAAAAUUGAAAAAAAUGUGGGUUUUUUUGCUAUUUGCACUCAAGUUUUGUAUCCUUCUUUAACGUAAGUGCACAGGAAAAUUAAAUUGUGUAAAAAAAACAACAACAUAAAAACACACGCCUGAAGUCUGAGAAAUGGUUUAUGGCGCUUAAUAUUAAUGGAACAUUAAUAUUGUUUUGUAACCUUUAAAAUAAAUCAUGUGUAAAUAUUGAGCACAGACCAUCAAAAAUUUGAUUUUAGCAACCAGCAAUUCCUUCUACCAGAUGCACAAUAUUUUGAUAUUAAUUGUUUAAAGAAAUAUGUAUCAAUUGUCAAACCAUUUACAAUUUUUACAGUCUGAUUGCUAAAAUAUGUCAGAAAAAAAGUUUUAUUGCAUUUACUGGACCUAUAACCAUGGCAUCACAUAAGAAUGCAUGUUAUUACAUUUAUGUAAGAAGAC